AUGGCGGGCGAGGGUGAAAAGCCAGUCUUCUUCUUUGACAUCGAUAACUGCCUUUAUCCUAAGAGCCUUGACAUCCACCGCAUGAUGGCCACAUUGAUAGACAAAUUCUUCGAGGAUCACUUAAGCCUAUCUCAGCAGGAUGCCAACGAACUUCACUACAAGUACUAUCGCGAAUAUGGUCUUGCUAUCGAGGGGCUUGUCCGGCACCACAAGGUCAAUGCCCUGGAAUAUAACAGCAAGGUCGACGACGCCCUUCCCCUUGAGAAUGUCAUUAAGCCUGACAAAGAAUUGCGCAAGCUGAUCGAGGACAUUGACACCAGCAAAGUCCGGUUGUGGCUGUUCACGAAUGCCUACAUCACGCAUGGAAAGCGGGUCGUCAAGCUGCUAAAGAUCGAUGAUCUGUUUGAAGGCAUGACGUACUGCGAUUAUGGAUCGGAGAAGUUCUAUUGCAAACCGCAUGUGGAGAUGUUUGACAAGGCGAUGCAAGAAGCUGGCAUAAAAUCGAACCAGAACUGUUACUUUGUCGACGACUCCUACAUCAAUUGCAAGGCAGCUGACGAACGCGGCUGGAAAGUAGCGCAUCUGCUGGAUAAAGCCGAUGCUCCACCUCCUCAGCAAGCCAGCAAGUACCAGAUCAGAAGUUUACAGGAACUACGAACGAUUUUCCCAGAGGUCUUCAAAAGCUCAGAGUAG